GCCGGGCACCACCCGGGCACCGCCGGGCCAGGCGGGAUCUGUGUCCCAGCCGGCAGCACCUCGGGUACCGGGGGUCCCGGAGCCCGGUAUGCCCCGGCGGGAAGGAGGGCAGCCCCGGUACAGGGCCCCGGCGGAGGCACCCACCGCUGGCACCCCCCGCCACCGGGCUGCCAGAGCCGGGCUGGGCGCUGGAGGAGGGAAGGGAAGAGUGACCCUGGCCGCAGCGCCCGUAAUUGGGAACUAAUAGCGCUUAAUGGGGAUCCUGGGAGAAGCGGCAUUGGUUUGCAAAUGAACGAGAACACGGCCAAAAAUUACCUCCCAGCUAAUUUUCCCGGUUCCGAGCGUGCCGCGUGGUGAAGCAGCGUGGGAUGGCAGCCAAACCCCACGGAGCUGCGAGUGGCGAGGGGCUGGAAGCGGCGGCGUGCAGAGCUGGGGGCACUGGAGCCGUGCCCUGUCCCUUCCGUGGCCGGGCGGUCCACCACGGGUGUGGAUGGACGGCGUGACGCCGGGCCGGGGUGGUGCCGAGCACCCCUGGCAACCGGCUUCAGCUUGUCCCAAACACCCAGCGAGCCAUGGGCAUGCACGGACACCUCACCUUCCUCCUCCUCAGCCUCUGUGUCCCAGGGACUUUCGUCAGAGCAACAGUCCUGCCUGACUUGCCACGUGUGGUGGCCCUGAGUGAGGACACAGUACCAGGCACCCGCGUGGCUGAGGUGACCGUGUCCUGCAGCAACUCAAGCAGCAGCCCCAAUGUCACUCUGGAUACCAUUGAGCCUGACCACCCCUUCAACUCCAUCGCCAUCAGCUCUGACCCCACAGAUGCCACCACGUUCCGGGCAGAGGUGACACUGCGUGCUGGUGCGGAGCUCGAUGCCCGUCAGGUGAACCAGUACACGCUGAUCCUGAGGGCUGCUUGUCCCGGUGAGGAUGAGGUGGAAGGGCGGCUCUUUGUCCGGGUGACAACGGGGCAGGUGCUGCGGUGUGACACCCCCUUUGCCAGUGCAGAGGGUGAUGUGGUGGAGGUGCUGGCCGACGUGGCACCCCGGACACCCCUGUAUGCAGUGCUGCGGCAGCCGCUUGGCGGGCUGACGUUCAGGCUCCGAAACCACAACACACCACUCACACUCACCCGCCGGGGCCUGGUGCUGGCUCCUGACAAUGGUUUUGACCCCAACAAGGACAACCAGACGUUCAGGUUGGAGAUUGAGGUGAUGGAUCGUCACGGGCACAACUGCAGUGGGGCUGUAAGGGUGGAGGUGCUGCCAUCGCGCCGUCCCCGCGUCACCUUCCUCAAGCCGCACUGGGCUGUGACGGUGACAGAAGGCAUUGGCCCCUGGGAGGUGGUCACACGGGUCUAUGCCAGAGGUGACAAUGUCCGCUAUGCCAUCCUCGCUCCUGUGGCACCCGCGCUCUUCACCAUUGACGAGGUGACAGGUGAGAUCCGCAGCACCCGCCGGCUGGAGGUGAUCCGUGCCCACCUCCUCAUCCGGGCUUACAGUGCGUUGCAUCCCGACGACCACGCCACCGCCAAGGUCAACAUCACUGUGCAGGGGACAGACCGCCAGGCACCAAGAUGUGUCCCAGCCAUCUUUGUGUAUGGUUCAGAGGGGAGUGGGGGGUGUGGGACUCUCUGCUGCACCCAGGACAUGGGACAGAGGCUGAGCUGCUGGCUGCCCUGCCACAGGUCCCAGGUGCUCGAAACGGUGUCCCCUGGCACCACCUUGGUGACACUGAGGUGCACCGACUCCACCAGCACUGAUGAGUGUCUGCACUAUGCUCUUGAGGGGCCUCCCUCCUCCCACUCCCACUUCUGCAUGGAGGGGCCACGGCUGAAGGUCAACGCCACACUGGACUAUGAUUCGGAGGCCAUGGCUGCUCUGGGCUUCCAGUUCACGGCCACCAUUGUGGUGACAGUGGGAGGGCAGCCCCUACAGAGCACCCGUGUGCCUGUGCUUGUGACGGUGACACCUGUCAACGAAUUCAGACCGGCGUGCCCCAGCAGUGCCACCUUCACUGUGCCAGAGACGGCAGCUUUCGGCAGCGUCGUGGGGCGUGUGGCUGGCACUGACCGCGACUACCCACCGGACAGCCUUGAGUACAGUGUGGAGGGGGGGUCUGGGCCUGCACAGCCCUUCUCCAUUGACAGGCGCACUGGUGAGAUCCGCGUGGUGGGACCCCUGGACUCCCAGCAGCAGAAGAGCUACAGGCUGGUGGUGCAGCUGACGGACACCCACAAUGACCUGGACCUAAGGAAGAGGCAGAGCCGCCUGUGUGAUGUGUCUGUGCGCCUGCAGGCUGUUCCGGACCAGCUGCCGGUGUGCAUCCCUGAGGUGCAGGAGCUGCGGAUCACGGCUGGGUCCCCGGGCAGCCACCAGCCUGUCACCCGCCUGGUGUGCCACAGCAGCCCCGACAGUGUCGUGCUGACAUACACCAUUGUUGGAGGCAAUGAGGAUGGGCGCUUUCGGCUGGAAGGGAACACCCUUGUCUACCUCCCCAAUGACCAAGCCAGGCCCCGCACCUUUGUCCUACUGGUGGAGGUGUGGGGCGGCUCUGGUGCCCGCCGCCGCAGCAGCGUGGUGGCACUGGUGGUGCACGUCACCCCCUGGAGCACCCCAGUGCCACCCAGCACCACCACCCAGCACACGACGCUGCCGAAGGAGCCGCUGGUUGUCACGCAGACAGAGGCAGUGUGGCACCCGCCGGCCUGGUUUGUGGCCGUGCUGACCAUCUCUGGUGCCCUGCUGCUGGCCACCCUGGGCUGCAUGGUGCAGAACCUGCUGUGCGGCAACCGGGCCCCUGGCAAGCUGUUCCUGGGCAAGAGCUCCUGGGAUGUGGUGGAGCACACCAGGGGCAAGGAGGAACAGGGACACCCACAUGCCAGCAGCCCAGGACAGUUCGAUGGCCGUGCUCAGGACCCACGUGAGUGCCCUGUCUCACAGCCCCAAGAGCAGCCUCGGGUUGUGUUCCCCAGGGCAGAGGGGUCUGGGGACAGGAGAGAUGGGGACCAGGCCCGCGAGGCAGUGACUGACUGCUGCCUCCAUCUCAGGCACCGGCAGGGAUUAUCUCUUCAACAGCGUCACUGGGGCUCGGCGCUGGAUCUGAAGGGCUUGACAAGGGCUCCUUGUGACCCACAGCUCCAUGUGGGCAGUGCUGGGUAGAGCACUGGGUUCUGGCAGACACCUGGUGUGACCCCCAAGGAGGAGACCCGUCCUUUGUGGCCAAACCAGCUGCACAUGGGGUGCAGCCAGACCCUGAGCCACCUCAGACCUAAUAAAUGGUGUCAG